UGUUGUCUUUCCACUAGUAAUGCUAUUUUUCUUGCUCUUUCCUCUUUUUUCCUUCCUAUGUCAACCUCCUGUUGUUCCCUUAUAUUAGCUUUACAGCUGCGCAGUGCGUGUUUUUCACCCUGUCUGUGACCCCUGAGGCAUUUGUUUGUGGACCCUAAGAGAUGUAAGGUUUUCCCAAUGUGAGCACCUGUUGGGCACCCUCCUAAAUUUCUUUUUGUGUCACGUGCAAUUUUUAAUAGUGAGAGGCACGUUGGAAAUAUGUCGCGUUGCUGUGUGGUGGAGACUUGUGUUCAGAAGGCUGCGUUCUAUAUGAUGAUCCACCACACCCUCCCACCUGCCAAUACUGGCUUUUGCUGUCCACCCCCCCCCCUCCAUUUUGCAUACACUGCAUCCGGGGCUUAGACGUUCUAGGCCCUGGGGAGAGGGAAAGAACUCUGUGGUAGCUACUGGAAAGGAACGGCCCAUCCUCAGGGGAGUAAUUGGCUAGUGUAAAAGACACUAUUUCACCUCUAGUUUUUUUGUGAGUUUUGUAGAUACAGGCAGCCAGAAAUGGAAAGGAAAGUAAGCAGAAUCCGUCUUGCUUCUGAACCCAACUUAACUUAUUUUCUGCAAGUGUCUUGGGAGAGAACAAUAGGAUCUGGUUUUGUUAUUACACUUACUGAUGGCCAUUCAGCCUGGACUGCAACAGUGUCUGAAUCAGAGAUUUCCAAAGAAGCUGAUGACAUGGCUAUGGAGAAAGGAAAAUACGUUGAUGAGCUGAGAAAGGCACUGGUGCCAGGGUCUGAAACAGCUGGUGCGUACAAGUUCAUCUUUUCUAAGGAGUCUUGCCAUUUCUCCCUGGAGAAAGAACUGAAAGAUGUUUCUUUUAGACUUGCUUCCUUCAACCUAGAAAAAGUUAUGAACCCAGCUGAAGUAAUUAGAGAACUCCUUUGUUACUGCCUGGACACCAUUGCAGAAAAACAAGCCAAAAACGAGCACCUGCAGAAAGAAAAUGAAAGGCUCCUGAGAGAUUGGACCGAUGUUCAAGGCCGAUUUGAGAAAUGUGUGAGUGCCAAAGAAGCCUUGGAGGCCGAUUUGUAUCAAAGAUUUAUCUUGGUGCUGAAUGAGAAGAAAACAAAGAUCCGAAGCUUGCAUAAGUUGUUAAAUGAAGUCCAGCAGCUGGAGGAGAGUACGAAACCUGAAAGGGAAACUCCAUGUUCUGACAAAACAACUGACGAGGAUGGGCUUUAUGGAGGAAGCACUGAUGAAGAAAGUGGAGCCCCUGUGCAGGCUGCAGACACUUUUUCUAAGGAUGAUUCCUUAUUUUCAAGUCCGGAUGUCACUGACAUUGCACCAAGUAGGAAGAGAAGACACCGAAUGCAGAAGAAUCUUGGGACAGAACCUAAAAUGGCUUCACAGGAGUUGCCACUACAGGAGAAGGAAAGGCUUGCCUCUUCACUGCCUCAGACCAUGAAAGAGGAGAGUACCUCUGCUGAAAACAUGUCUUUAGAAACCCUGAGAAACAGCAGCCCAGAAGAUCUCUUUGAUUAGAUAUAAACCCUAGAAAACAACACUGGUGUUCAUUAAACUCUAUACUUCAUCCAGUUUCUUCGGAUGAGAAGAUAGACUUUCAUCUUAGCAGCCAUGGUUACUGUGUCUUACAGCUGCACUGUAUUUACCCAAUGGAUUAUACGAGUGUGUGAUGAUCAGAUUGGAUGACAGAGGGACACUUUCUUAUUCCGUUGUUUGUUAAAUCUGAGUUUUGUUGCAAAGAGCACAUUUGUCGUAUUUGUUUAUACAUUAUUGUAACUUUCUAAUGACUCUUGGAAGAUUUUGGAAAUAGAGCAAAAAAAUCUUUAAUUCCUUUUUUAAUUGCACUUUAAAUUAUUUAUGUUUGAACAUUUUAAUUUAUGAUGUGACACAUACAAAAUACAUCUUUAUCUUGUGUGUAAACAAUCUGAAAAUCUGAUAGUUAAUAAAAGUUUGUGUUCUUAAAGGAA